AUGGUGGUCAAUCUUGACCAUGCUGGUAUUGCUUUCUUGAUGGUGGUUGUGGCGGGCCUUUCUACCUGUUUGGGUGCCUCCGCGGUCUUCUUCAACUGCUUGGUCCAGUUGGCAAGCAGGCGGGUCUUGGCCGCUGGCUUGGGCUUCUCCUCUGGCAUUAUGCUGUAUGUCUCAUUCAUCGAGAUCUUUCAGAAGGCUAAAGAUGGAUUUACGACUGCUGGGAUUGAAGAGAAGCACGCCUACAUGAUGUCAACUGGCUGCCUGUUUGGUGGUAUGAUACUCAUGCGACUGGUGGUGGCCCUGACAUAUCUCUUGGAUCCUGAACAUGAGCAGGAGUUUGAGCAACUGGAAAAGGCGGCCGAAACGGCCCCUCCAGGCAGUCAUGAGGAUGGAGCCUCACUGGAACAUGUUGGCUUGGAGAACAAAGAUGCAAAGGCCCAGGACUCUAUGGACCCAAUAGACCAAAAACAAACCAAGAAGCUGCUGCGGAUGGGGUUGAGCACAGCUCUGGCAAUUACUCUCCAUAACCUGCCCGAGGGGCUUGCUGGAAUGGUUGCUGGUCUCAUCGAUCCCUCGGUGGGGUUUACAUUGACCUUUGCGAUUGCAAUCCACAAUAUUCCGGAAGGCCUCUGUGUAGCACUUCCCAUCUACUACUCAACGGGAAGCAGACUGAAAGGUUUCCUUUUGGCGGCACUCUCUGGGAUCUCAGAGCCUAUUGGGGCACUGGUCGCCUGGGCGAUUGUGGCAGUAAGUGGUGACGACAUGAAAGGUAUCGUCUAUGGCAUCCUUUUUGGGACCGUGGCAGGAAUUAUGAUCAUGCUUGUGUGCCUGGAAUUGCUGCCCACUGCCCACCGCUAUGACCCUCACGACUCGGUGGUCACUACCAGUAUGGCCUUGGGCAUGCUGGUCAUGGCAGUCUCUUUGAUCCUCUUUAUGCUUUGA